UGGAUGUGCAUGUUCCAGGAGGGGUCUAAAAACCUCCUCCCUGUGUUUUCUCUUUUCUUUAAAUUUAACGAUGUGAGGUUGCCAGUUUGGUGCUUGUUUCCCCCUUUAAAUUGGACCCUUCACGCUGCGUCGCGCUUCUCCUUUCUCCGUGGAGCUGCCGCUGCCGCCUCUCCGCACGGAAAUAACGGGACUUCGCGGACAACCCGGGCUUCACUUCCUCCAAGUGGAUCAUCAAACAAUGGCUUACUGAUUCACUCACCCCACAGAGUCAACAGCAGAAUGAAAGCAGGACUAACUCAACCGUCCGGGAGCCGUCUGAAUCAGUAGGUCUACUUUUCUUUGGUGUGGAUUACUCUUCCAACAAACCACCUCAAUGACUUACAUCAGGGUCUUUCAUGAACCCAAUCUUGAGCCUGCAAUCGCACACCAGUGAGACAUUUGAACCCUGACACUUGUGACACCAUGCCUCUACUGAAGCGUAGGAAAAUCAGGACUUUAGUUUUUCUUUUUUGCGUCAUUUCAUUCACGACAUUCCUGUUCAGCUACACGUUCCGGGACCCCUCGCUGUACUUCUUCAAGUACGCGUUUCGCCUGUCGGACAACUUCUUCUCCAAGGGGCUUUGCGCCUGUCAGCGGUGCAUGACGGAGCUGGAGGACGACCCCUGGUUCUCCGAGCGCUUCAAUCAGUCCUUCAACCCUCUGAUGUCCAGGGAGAACAGCGUCCUCUCUGAUGAGACCUUCAAGUGGUGGCAGUGGUUGCAGUCAGAGAGGCAGCCGGCCAACUUCACUGAAGUGGUGGACGAGUUGUUCCAAGUCAUCCCCGAUGAGAUGCUCUACAUGGACGCCGGGCCCGAGCGCUGCAGGACCUGCUCAGUGGUGGGGAACUCUGGGAACCUGAAGGGCGCGCACUACGGCGACCUCAUCGACUCCAGUGAUUUUGUCAUAAGAAUGAACCAGGGGCCCACGACCGGUUUUGAGAAGGAUGUGGGCGCCAGAACAACACAUCAUGUCAUGUAUCCAGAGAGUGCAAUAGACCUGGACAACAACACCAGUCUGGUGCUGGUCCCUUUCAAGACUCUAGACCUGCAGUGGAUCAUUAGCGCUCUGACCACAGGCACCAUCAAACACACAUAUAUAGCUGUGACACCAAGGAUAAAGGCAAAUAAAGACAAGGUGCUGAUUUACAGUCCUACUUUUCUCAAAUAUGUCUACGAGUCUUGGCUUGAAGGUCACGGACGAUAUCCUUCCACGGGUUUCCUCAGCUUGCUGCUCGCUCUUCACAUCUGUGAUGAGGUCAAUGUGUUUGGGUUUGGCGCAGACCAGUACGGAAACUGGCACCACUACUGGGAGGAGAACCAUUUGGCAGGAGCUUUCCGACACACGGGCGUCCACGACGGAGAUUAUGAAUAUAAUGUCACCAUGCUGCUGGCAGACAAGCACAAAAUCCAAAUGUUUCACGGCAGAUGAUACAAAGACAAGAUGUGCAGCAGCCACGAAACUCAGCAGCCUUUGAACGUUUGACGUGUCAUCGUGUCAUGCAGGAAGAAUGUCAUUGCUGUGGUUAACUCUUCUGCUCGGACGGGUUCUUUACCUAAGAUAACGAUUGAGAAAUGCUAUCUGUAUUUAAAAAGGAACAGAGCCUCCCUCUUUGUUUGUCCAGACAAAGAUAACGACAAACUGUCAGUAAUUCAGAAGUCACACUGCCAUAGUUUGUGUAAUUCCUCCGAACACAAUGGUGGACAUCAACAAGCAUGCAACAGCUUUUAUUCUACUCUUUACGUGGGAACUUUUCUUGUCACAUGGGCUGGCUUAAGAAAACGUCCACUGCAUAUGAAUGGAAUGCGUGGACCCGUUUCUAUCCCUAAGAGUGCAUGAGAAGUGCUCGGAGAAUCCACUCUUUUUCCCUCACACUGACGGAUCGGGACACAAUUCUCAUGAAAUACUUGCAUGUCAGAUUGCAGGGUUUAAGUGUAGUUUGACACGGCCAUGGGACACUCCAACGUCAAGUCCCAAAGAUCGCAUUUUGACGUUUGCAAAUGAAAGCCAGGGUUGAGUCAGAGUCCCCCUAACACUCCAACAUCUUCACCUAGAAAAAUAAUACUUAACGUUACUCGCAUUGAUCCUAUUUGAUUGAAUCAAUCGUUUGUGUGAUCAUAGUUCCUGUACAUUUAUAGACAUGAUAGUGAAGUUUAAAAGCCACUGUGAGAAAUGUCAUUCUGGUAGGGUUAGGGUUAAAGGUUAAAAAAAUACCCAAUACUCUCCAGUGCUACACCAGACCAUGCAAGCUGCAGCUACACAACUAGAGUAACAAAGGAUUAACUAUUAAUUAUGGCUCAUUUAAAUGUGACUCAAACAGAUGUUCAGGGGGUGAUUGUCGGAGGCUUCUUUGGCCCAUGACCUGCAGUAGAUGCUAGAAUGAAGCCGUCGAUGAGGUGUUUAAUCACUCAGUGCUCCGAGGAAAAAUGAUCGAGGUGUCAAAUUGUUUAUCUUGGAAAUGUGACAAAACUACAGCCUAUACAGGGGUGCCUUAUCGUGAGAAAUUCAAUAAAGUCUGUACAUUUGUGACAUAUAUUGUUAAUAAAAAGUAGGUGUUAAGUGCCUUCUAGUGGGAGAAUUUAAAGACUUAGUUUUCUCCAUCAAAUUGUACUUUAUUGAUAUAAUUAUCAGUAGUUUGACUACAUUUGUUUUCAUUGUUGCUGUAUACCAUUUCAAUUGUAAAGAAUCAUAUGCAUGAAACCACUUUGUCAGUGAGUUUGUUUUUUGUACGCCAUGCCGUCGCUGAACUUGAUGUAAAUGUGUGAAUGCUUUGUGACGAUAUGCUAUCAAUUUCACCAAAAAAUCUCUGAUCUGACAUGUGUUUUUUACUUCAGAUUCAUCAGGGAUUGAGCUUGGUGGUGUUUUUAUGGUAUAAUUUGUGCCUUGAAACGUAAUGGGAAAUGUGCUCGAUCGAUGUCGUUUCCUUUCUCUCUCCCGGUAUAACAUACUGAUAAACACAACAUUUGAUUUAAUUCAAAUCUACCAGCCACCAUGUAGAAAAGAGUGCAUUUGUUCUAGCAAGGGACACUGUCCCCUAGUGGACAACAACGUGUAUCUGCAUAAUGGUCCAACAACUGAAUUUAAACACAUCUAUGUCUGUCACGCUCUUUAUUUCCAUCCAGUCUUCAUUGUUUUAUAAAACCCAUUAAAGCAGCACUUUCAGAAAAA